ACAACUCUUCACAGCAACAGAUCAGAAGCCUUCGUUGAAAUUUAGUGUUUUUUUGCACCGUUUUAUGUUUUUUCUCGUUGUGAAUUGAAUAUAAUCUAGUCUGGUGUGAGAUCUAGCGUUGUGUUGUCGUUAUGUCAAGUUUUAAAGCAAAAUAUGGCGUAUUUUGAGGGAAAAACUCAGAGCAAAGUCAGCGACUUUUUGGUAUACUUUUGCAGAACAUGGUGUUGAUAUUAAUAGAGUGCAAGACAGCGAACAUCAAAGAUAUGAUCAAAGCUUUCUAUCGUAGUCCGUAGUAGAAGGUAUUACAUUCAUUGGUGUGUAUAAUCUCGUGUGUUAUAUUAACGGUUGUGUUUUUUAUAUUGUAUUUAUACUGUAUGUAGAGUUUUAAGAACAGAUGGUGUUCAGCAUAUUAAAUAGGUCAACUGUUGACAAUUAUGUGGAAAAUAAUACUGACCUAAGGGCUACUUGUGUUUUAUCAGGAAGGUAUAAAAUUUGGGCCGGAUUGCUAGUCAGACCAUACAGACCUGACCGUAACCCCCGAGUCUCGGCGUCUAACCCCAGAUCUAACCCAGACCGGAGGCAGACUAACAAUCUUGUCUGACUUUUAUACCUGCCUGUUCUAUCAUUUCCUAACUAAAGUUUAGGGCACGAAGUAACGGCCGAUCAACGAUUAAUGACUGGCAGAAAAUUGCUUUUGAUUGGCAGAGAAACAAGGUUGCCGAUCAUCUUGAUCAGCAAGAACCAUUGUCUCAAAAACACAGUUAAUGUUGUUAAUGAACACCAUGCAAUACUACGGCAUUAUCACAGAACAUGUAAACAGAACGUAUCCAAUACUGAUUGGCCAGAUUUUCAUUUGAUCAGCAGAAAAUCAUGACUGCUGAAUACCAUGACCGGGAACGUUGGAAACGUUAUUUCGAGCACUGAAAGUGGAUGUUUUUGAAUUUUAGAUCACAAUAUGGCCUCAGAACAUAACUCUCGCAGUUAUGAGAGAAGUGAAACUAAUAAUAUUAUUGAGAUUCAUAGUAGUGAUGAAACGUUAAGCAUCCAUCCAAGUGCCAGCCAAUAUGAGCAGGGUAUGUCAACACUUUUGUUUUUAAAAAUAAACUAAACUUAAAUAUUUUAGAUGCAAAUACAGUACAACCUCUAUCAGUUCUAAACUGUUCUACAUAGAUGCCCAGUACGAAUCAUGUCUUUAAGUUCAGUUCUUAGACAUUUACUAUGCUUUUUAUAUUUCACUGAUGCAUGCUAAUUAAUUGUAAAACUAUUAAUUCUAUAUUUAUAAUAAUUUUAUAACUAGAAAUAGAAUCGUUGAAACUAAAGCUUUCUCGACUUGAAGAAGCCACGGCAGAAAAAAUGAAACUCUACAAUGAAGAGGUAAAUUAGGCCAAAAUUUUCCUUUUUUAUGCAUUGGAUUAAGGAUUUUGCUUUUUAUUAUCAAUGCUCUUUGCCUAAAUGGGUUGUUCUAGAAAAUAUUAACCCUGCCCCCAAGGAGGAAAUUUCUGCAACCUCGAGAAAAAUUUGUUUCUGAUCAAAGAUACAGUAGCAACCGUUUUAGGACACAGUGGUGGAUCCAGCAAAGUUUUUUUUUGGGGGGUGCUAACCAAUGGCGAAUCGAGCGCUGAAGGCGCAAGAUUUCUAUGGCGGUCCUGGGGCAUACAACCCCCGGAAAAAUUUUAAAAUUUGGGUCUCUGAAAUGGCAUUUCCAGCAUUCUGAGAAAACAUUCUGGAAAAUUUUUAGAUUCUCAAAACAUUUCAAAAUUCAGAAUAUUUAAUAUUGGCUAUUCCGCUAUUGUCAACUAGUGAUACCCAACUGAAUUCCUUAACAUAAGUUGGUUAGAAUUAGGAUAAACGUCAUUUUUGCACCCUCCCCCAUGCACCCCUGUUGACCAGAGCCUGGGGGGGGGGUGCAUGCACCCCCCCGCACACACACACCCCUGCACCCCCUAAAUCCACCACUGUUAGGACAUCUGAAGGGAGUACUCCAACAGUAGAGGGGUUAAUUUCCAAUUUGCUCUGUGUGGAUGUUUUCUGGAAUUGCCAAACAUCAGGACAUCCACAGCCAACUGCAAACUUAAAGUUUAUUUAAUAUGUUAUUCUCGACAAUAUUUUUUCACCCAGUUGAUGAUUUAUCAUGAUACCGGUAUCUUAAAUUUACUUAUGUAGAGAAGCAGUCUUGAGACUAACAUUGUCAGAUUACGAGCACAAGUUGAACGAGGCGAGACAACUCGUCAGAAUUUGGAAUACGAGCUGACCUUGGCGAAGAAAGCGACAAACCAAGUCAGAAGAAUUGCCGCGGAGAAAGAAGUAGAGACGACCAAUAAUGUUGCGUUGUUGAAAGAUCAUCUGUCAGAAACAAAGAUCAGGCUAGCUGGCGUCGAACAAGAACUGGCAAAUACAAAGAACAUCAGAAAGAAUGAAACUGGUCAAUGGAAGAAACAUCUGCAGACGAAGGUGAAUUUUACCUAUACUAUGUGGGCAUGAAUCUUUUUCUAGAUGUAAAGCCCAAUAAAUUUGCACUACACAACUUUUGCCUAAAACUGUUGCAUGCAAGUCCUUGCUUACAACUUAAUAAAUAUGUGCAAUUUCUAGGAUGUAGAACUUGAUAAAAUGGCAGCCAAGCUUGAAGCAUCACAAAAAGAAUCUCAAAGACUCAAUCAAAUAUUACAAGAACAACAAAAGUAAGAAUCAAUAGCGCCAGUGUAAUAUGUUACACCUACAUGUUAAAUUAGUAAUAUUCCAAAGUUUCGUUGCGAAAUGUUGUAAAAUGCGGAUAAUAUAGCCUUGCGAAAUUUGCAAUUUUCAGUCAUUUUUUAUUACAAACGGGAAAUUGACAGCCCAAUCGGGUGUUGGGGCAUCAAUUUCCCGUUUGUAAUACAAAAUGACUGAAAAUUGCAAACUUCGCAAGGCUAUAUUAUCCGCAUUUUACAACAUUUCGCAACAAAACUUUGGAAUAUUACUAAUUCUGUGAUGCUCUUUCAAGCUGUGAUGAAAUUUCGGUCUAGAUCAAAAUUUAGUCUAUAAAUAAUGCAAAUGGUCCAUUCAUGUUCUCGUUUGACCGGGGGCCAUUACAUUUAAUGUACCCCCCCCCCCCAUGGACGAGUUCAAUAAUAUUUGAACCCCUAAGAUAAAAAGAUCAAAGUGCUGACACAAACACCCCCCCAGAAAUUAAGAAAUUUUUGCCUAACCCCUCAGAAAAAACGCAAAGAUCAAAGGAUGCCGGUGCACACAACCCCUCAGAAAUUCUCGUCCAUGGGUGUAUAUUAAAUGGAGCGAUUGCAAGAAGCGUAUGAUAUUGUUUACGCAAAUUUUGUUGUAUUACUUUGUAGUUCCAUGGUGGAAAUGCAAGAAAGAUGUUCGUCUUUGGAAGGUACGCAACAGAACAUUUUUGUUAUCUGCUCAGUAUCGAGUGAUUUGAAACAAUAAGCUUCUUCAAUGGACCAUUUGCAUUAUAGACUAAAUUUUGAUCUAGACAAAAAUUUCAUCACAGCUUGAAAGAGCAUCACAAAAUUAGUAAUAUUCCAAAGUUUCGUUGCGAAAUGUUGUAAAAUGCGGAUAAUAUAGCCAUGCGAAGUUUGCCGUUUUUCAGUCAUUUUGUAUUACGCACGGGAAAUUGACAGCCCAAUCGGGUGUUGGGGCCGUUUGUAAUACAAAAUGACUGAAAAUUGCAAAUUUCGCAAGGCUAUAUUAUCCGCAUUUUACAACAUUUCGCAACGAAACUUUGGAGUAUUACUAAUUUUGUGAUGCUCUUUCAAGCUGUGAUGAAAUUUUUGUCUAGAUCAAAAUUUAGUCUGUAAUGCAAAUGGUCCAUUAAUGAAUGUAAUUUGUGUGCACACCAUAUUUUGUUAUUUUUGGUAUUUUGUUAUUGUUGAUUUCCAUCACUAUCCAGCGCAACGACAAAGUCAGAACAACACAUUACGUCAUCAAGCCAAAGAUCUGGAGUUCAGCGUUGAACGAGAGGAAAGACUCAAGAAAGAGUUAGAGGUACUGCUGAGUACUGAAAUAUCCCUAUAUAUCACUAGAAAACUACAUUUGCCGCUCUGGGGCAGGUUGUACUCAUGAAGACCAGAUAGUAUUUUUUUCAAGCGUUGGAAAAAAUACUUGAAACGCUAGAAAACUACAGAUAUAUGGAACCGACAAUAGGUAAUUCCAACUGUAGACUAAAUUUUGAUCAAGGCAAGAAGAACGAAAUCCAACACCACAGCUAGAAAGAGCGUCUUAGAAUGAGUAACACGACAAAGAUUGGUUGCUAAACGUUGUAAAAUGAAGAAAGUAUAGCCCUGUGAAGUUCGCAAAUUUUGUAUAUAUUUGUACUACGCGCGGUAAAAAUAACCACUUUCGGCUCAAAAAUGGUUAUUUUUCCCGCGCGUAACACAAAUAUAUACAAAAUUUGCAAACUUCACAGGACUUACGCCCGUAUUCUAAAAGCUCACUCACACUCAAUGAGUGGAGGUUCAAUAUGAGCUUCUCUUGAGUGUCAAUGCUGUUUUUGAAUAGCGGGAGGGUGAGUAGUCACAUAGUAAGGUAUGACACUGGCUCUCUAGCUAUUCAAAAACAGCAAUGGGACUCGAGAGAAGCUCAUAUUGAACCUCCACUCAUUGAGUAUAAAUGUGAGUGAGCUUUUAGAAUACGGGCGUAUAUUUUCCUCAUUUUACAACAAUUCACAACCAAACUUUGCAAUUUUACUCAUUUUAAGAUGUUCUUUCCAGCUAUGGUAAUGGAUUUCGUUCUUCUUGCCUAGAUUAAAAUUUUGUUUAUAGCUGGAAUUAGCCAUUCGUAAAGAAAAACUUUAAUUCAUAAAGAUUUUAGAGUGCAUGAAAAGAUGUUAUAUUUUCUGAUCAGUAAUGUACAGUGCCGUUGUUCAAAAUUGUGUUAACAGGGUUUAUUUUAAGAAAAAUUUACAACUGCACAUAUAGGGAUGUUACGAAGGCAACAGGGGGGUCGAAGGAUUUUUUACCUGCAUAUAGGUGACAGAAUAAUGGUGUGGUUGGGUGGGAGAAUUGGAGAAAGGCCACACAAACUCGAUUUUGGGUGCGGGAGCUAGGGAGUGUUCCCCAAAAUAAUUUGAAUCUAGAGGCUCUUAGUUCUGCCAAAGAUUUGUUUACCCAACCACUCACUUGGGGAGCUCGCUGGCCCCAAUUUUAGCUUCUUUUCCAUUACCCCAGCAUGUAAGUGAUUUGUGAGAAACAUAGGAGGGUCUGGAGUCCUCCCCCAGAAAACGUUUAUAUUUUUGAUGCUCAAUUAAUGACAGCAUUUCUGGAAUUUUCUGGAGCAUCCACAAGGGUAACGAGUAAAUGAGAAGACUGUUUUAAUUAAGGCUAUUUUUAGUUUGGUGACUGCACAUUUGUGUUUUAAGAACUGCACAAAUGGGUUUAGAACUGCACAUUUUGUGUAGAACUGCACGUUAAAAUAGACCCUGAUUGUGUACAAUGGGCGCAACAUGGUAACAUACUGUCGUCUGUAGAGCCAUGCAUUUCUUACACACAUAAGCGUACGAGGCGGGGAGUUGCAGAUGCCCCCUCCCCCUCUCUCAACAAAAUUGAAGCUGGGCAAAUUAUAAACUGCAAGAAAUGUGUAAUAUUGCAAAUAAACUCUUCGAAAAUUUUCGCACAUCGACAAGGAUUGUUGAAAUUUAGCAUUGAGAAUUUUUUUUUUAUAAGUCGAUCAAAAUGGAAAAAAAAGUCGGGCAAAUUUCUUUCUGGCCCCCCAAUUUUUUCUCUCCCAUACGACUUCUAUCGAUUUUUCAACUUUGGCGAUGCAUGAAAAUUUUUAAGUUUUCAAUUGGUUCCUUUCAGCAAGCUCGUGAAAGAUUAAAGAAUUUGGAGGAACAUGUCGAGGCUGAAAGAGCGUCACAUUUGGAAACGAAGUUUAAUUCUGAAAUUGUUCAG